CUUUUUGUAGUUUUAACCACAGCUCAACCAAAAAAAGAAAAAACACUUUGGCUUCCUGUGUAGCUGCUCCCUUCUGAAUUUAAAAGAGUGUUUUAAUUAACUUAAAGUAAAUUUUCAAUGAGGGGGAUUUCUCCUUUGAUUGGUUUCAGUGGCAUGCUGCUGGGUUUUUAAUGUCUUCCCUCCCUAGGGUGGAUUUCUGACUUGUUAUCGCUUCCUGCUUGCUGUCAUGUCACACUGUGUCCAUCAAGACGGCAGAGAUUGAAAGUGACGCCCGACUAGGGAGCGCACUGGGCGGUGCAGGCUCGAUGUGUGGACCAGUGGAGCUAAAUCUUUCAUCUGAAGAAUGGCUGCUUCAGCGAUAAUAGGAUUGGCGUGUCCCCGCUAGCUCCUGACCCAUAUUCCUGAGGAAAACACUGUUUGUUUGCAUCGCUGGAGGAGAAUCAAGGGGUGCUCUACAGUUCUCUACAGCCGGUUUCUGCUGCGCGCAAUCACAGCUCCAGGAGCAGCGGUGGAGUCGGUGCGUCUCUGGCAGAAAGCAUCCAUCCUCCUCCUCUUCCUCUGUGGGCUCUCAGACAGCAGGCAGUGCUGCUCCACCAAUGCCUCCAAGUCUCAGCUACCGGCGGAAUCCCUGAAAAUGAAACCGCUAUAAUACAGCCUGCCUUUUUUCUUUUUCUUUUUUUUUUUGGUUUUGUUUCUUACUUCACAUCUGGAGCAGAAAAGAAAGAAAACCCACGCGAGAGAAGCACUCUCCAGCUGUGGAGGUGGAGGAAGCGAUGGCAGCCUCGGUGAAAGCAGCGCUGGCUCUUCUGGUUCUCACCGUGGCAACUGCCUUGUGUGCGGAGGUGGAGGAGCGGCUGGUGAGUCACCUGUUGUCACCAGAGCGCUACAACAAGCUAAUCAGACCAGCUGUCAACAACAGCCAACAAGUCACCAUUUACAUCCAGGUGUCUCUGGCCCAGCUGAUCAACGUGAACGAGAGGGAGCAGAUCAUGACCACCAACUGCUGGCUCAGUCAGGUAUGGAAUGACUACAGAUUAAUGUGGGACCCUGAAGAGUACGAGGGAAUCAAGAAAAUCCGGCUCCCGUCACAACACAUCUGGCUGCCGGACAUCGUCCUUUACAACAAUGCUGAUGGGACCUAUGAAGUUUCCUUCUACUCCAACGUCGUGGUCUCCAACAACGGCGAGGUGGCCUGGCUCCCACCAGCUAUCUACAAGUCGGCCUGCAAAAUCGAAGUCCGUGAUUUCCCAUUUGACCAGCAGAACUGCACGCUCAAGUUUCGCUCCUGGACCUAUGACCACACUGAGAUCGAUCUCAUCCUCCUCAGUGAUUUUGCCUCACGUGACGACUUCAAACCCAGCGGUGAGUGGGAUAUUGUUUCACUGCCUGGACGCAAGAACGAAGACCCUAAUGACAUCAGGUACUUGGAUAUCACCUAUGACUUUAUUAUCAAGAGAAAACCUCUCUUCUACACCAUCAACCUGAUCAUUCCCUGCAUCCUGAUCACGUCGCUGGCUAUUCUGGUGUUCUACCUCCCGUCAGACUGUGGUGAGAAGAUGACUCUCUGUAUCUCUGUCCUCUUGGCCCUGACUGUGUUUUUACUUCUUAUCUCAAAGAUUGUGCCACCCACGUCUUUAGCAGUGCCUCUGAUUGGAAAGUAUCUGAUGUUUUCAAUGGUGCUGGUCACCUUCUCCAUCGUCACCAGCGUUUGUGUGCUCAACGUGCACCAUCGGUCCCCCAGUACACACACCAUGCCUCCUUGGGUCAAGCGUAUCUUCCUGUACCGGCUCCCCUCUUACCUCUUCAUGCGGAGACCCGGUAGCUCCAACAUUCGCGAGAAGUUCCGGAAAAGACAGCAGCAGCGAUCGUACUCUGACCAAAGGCUGCGUGGAGCCGACGGAGGGACUGGAAGUUCUGCAGGAAUGGCAGAUUCCUCCUCAUCCUUCUUCGUGAACGAGGAGUCGACCAAACGCUACGGCUGGAAGAUCAGCGACUUGUCAGAGAACACUGAGUUCAGGAAGAGGAUGACGCUCAAGUGCAACAUUGACGUGGAGGAUGCGGUGGAUGGAGUGCGCUACAUCGCUGAGAAGAUGAAGAGCGAGGAUAAUGAUGAAGGGAUCAUUGAAGACUGGAAGUACGUGGCCAUGGUGAUCGACCGUCUCUUCCUGUGGAUCUUUGUGUUCGUCUGUGUGGUCGGGACGCUGGGCCUCUUCAUGCAGCCUCUCUUCCAGAGUUACAACACUCCCAUUAUUGAUUAGAUGGACCGAAAAUGAAAGCGGAAACGUCUUCAUGAACUUUGAGUGGGCCCCCCAGAAACAGAGCUCUGACAACAUUUUAACACAAGAACUCAAACGUCCGUCUCGCACUACUACCUGCUCACUGGGAAAUUAUAAGGAUGCACUUUACGCCUCUUCCACCACCUGCUCCCUUCCUUACUUCCUUACUUCCUUACUUCCACCCCUUGUCCCCGUCAUCCUCCAUAUGUCCUGCCAUCCUCUGCCAUCAACUGGGAUCUACUUAAAUGGAUAACACUGGUUUAUAACAACUUGGGGCACAUUUUCAUAGUAUGGCCAUCAUUCAGUAGACAGGAAUGAUGGAGAUCAUACUUUUACUGGAGAUCUGGGUACACGGUAUCUGCCCCAACCAUUUGGUUACCAGAAAACCCCCAAAACCCCAGGUCAGCCAAACUUAUUGGAUGAAGAAACGGUACAUUUAUAGUCUAAAAUGUCUGUUGUAGCACUAAUCACAGUUUACAGAUCGACUUCCUGGUUCAGCAUUCACCUAACUUAAUUAUCGUAGUUGUACGUGCACACAGCAAAUACUUUGGUGUGAUCAAUGACAUCAUAAUCAAAAGAAACAAUAGUCAAAACUAUGAAAACAAGACCCAAGUUAUAAUAAACAGAAGUGACACCACCAUUCAGCCAUGAUGUUCUCUCUUGGGGAUCAAUAUACUGUGGAUUCGCAGUCUCCAAUGAUUGAAAUGUAGCAGUAUUUUAAAAAGGAAACCUUUACCUGAAAUGGUUAAAUUGAAAGCGUGUUGACCCCUAUCACUGUUCACAACCUGGCCAACAGCAACUCAGGACUUUUUCUGACUUGGUUUUGCCCCAUCUCUCUGUGUCUAAAUCAAAUUCUAAUGGCCCUAACAUGACAUUAUUGGGGUCUGCAUGCAUACAACAAGACACUGUUCUUUUUUUUUCUUUUUUUUUUUUUUACUUAAAAAGAGGAGGAGCUCAAAGAUGAGCAAAGCCACAGAAACUGCACAAGCAGACUCAUUUUUGGAGUUAUGGGCCUCACGUUGACAACACAUGACCUGCAGAGGAGAAGAUGAAUCCCUAGGAGGAUCACCUCCCUGUGUCCUUUUGCCAAUAGCACACAUACUGUAUGAAUUUCUAAUAUUUGCCUUUGAAAUGAGAGCGACAGAGGACACAAAACAGUUGGACUGCUCAAAUAAUAAUGGACGAGUGUGUCAGGGGGUGCCCAGCUUGUGUUUACCCUCACACACAUGUGGACUGAUAAUAAUAAUAAUGCUAAUAGACUGAUCAAAUGUAUGUCAAGCUGAUGUUGUGAUGUUUAAAAGCAGCCAUGUUUUAAAAGAAGGAGGGACGUUACAGUAGUGCAACAAAAAGAAAAAGAAGUAGAAUUUAAAACCAAUGAGGCGUUUGUUACUCACCAUGCUUUUUUUUUUAAAGGUACAGUACGCUUGAUUCAACAAAGCAGUGCUUGUCAGCAUCCAUCACCAAGGAAACCAGCAGCAAUAAUACUGUACAGUAUUUUAUACACACUGACCGGGGGGGCAAAUUAGCCAAACAGCCUGGCUCUUCACUUGCUUCAUCCUCCAUCAUAUUGUAUGCUUGAUUAUCUGCUUUCAGAGACAUUACUUGAAUCUGUGUCCAGUAAUUAUUUAACAGAAGAGUUAUAACUUGUCACCGUCUGUCACUGCUACCAAUGCUAGCCAAGGAAAAGGUGUACUGUACUAAUCCAGCUGAUUUCUUUCAUCUUUGAUUUUUUAGUUGAUGGAAUAAAACAUAUUUUUCGUUUUCUUCCCGCUGGCCAGUCAUGUUAUUGAGUUUUGUCUGUCUAAGACAAUAAAUGCUGAGAAUUACAGGAAGGGACUGUGAUGGGAGCUGAUAAAUGGAUCAAUAAAGAUAAAUGAAAGCAA